AUUAUAAAUAUAUAUUAUAAAAAUUAUGAAUAAAAAGAAUAAUUUAGUUAUAAAAAGUGAAAAUAAAUACCCGUGCGGUUGCAUGCUUCCAAAAAAUAAAAAUACAUUUGUUAUUAAUUUGAUUAUAAAACUUAUAAUAUCUCUUUUAUAAGAUUUUAUGCUGCUACUCGGACUCGAACCGAGAUGCUCUAUCAUUGCUUCUUAAGAGCAGCGUGUCUACCAAUUUUAUCAUAGCGGUAACUUGUUCAAAAUAAUACUAACAAGUUUUUACUCAAUCGUCUGGUCAGAUUCUAAAAAUAUGGAUGAUAUCACAAUAUAAACUAUAGAAUCUAUAUGAGUCUGUUUGUUGAUGAAAAAAAAAUCACAAUAUAAACUAUAAAAUUAGUAUUUUUAAAAAUGUUAUAUUAAACAAUUAUUUGAACGGAUAAAUUUAAAAAUAUAUAUUAUCACUUAUACAAAUAAAUAUUUAUUUAUAAAAAAAAAAGUAAAAACAAACAUCCGCGCAGAUAGCGAAGCUUAAGACUUAAGAGGCUUACCAGAAAAAUAAACUAUUCCAUACGUAUACACAUCUUUACAAAUGUUUUAUAAAUUCUUUAGGAUGAUUAGUACAGUCUUUUUUUUUGUCAAAAAUGUAAGACAUUUAUGAAAGUGUUAAUCAUUUAAAAGUAAAUUUGGAAAUGGUAUCAAGUUUAUAUGGUAAAAUUAGUAUUCCUUGAUUUUAACAUAUAAAGCUCAUAUAUGAACCAUUGAAUGAGUAAUAUUAGCUCAUAUAUUAUCCUCUAUUGCUCGAACUGUGACGUCUCUCUUCUUCUUGUCUUUCUCCUCGUUCUUGCUUCCCGGCGAUGACGAAAGACGGACGAUACAGAGACUGGGCGGGGCUUCCGCCGGAAUUAACAUGGUCGAUACUGAGCCGUCUUGGCACGGUGGAUAUACUGGAAAAGGCUCAGAAAGUGUGCAAAUCGUGGCAUAGCGUCUGUGAAGAACCUUCGAUGUGGCGGAAGAUUAAUAUGCACAACGACUUGGGAUUCAUGGACUCUUUGACCAGGUCUCGUCACGUGGCCAUGUGUCGCAACGCUGUCGACCGUAGCCAGGGCGGUUUGGUUGAGAUUGACAUUUGGUAUUUCUGUACUGAUUCUCUCCUGAAUCACAUUGCCGAUAGGUACAUAGUUUCGAUUGAUUCUACGAUGGCUAUAUAUGCAAGUCUUGUCCAAAUCUUAAUUAAGACAUUGAAGCUAAACUACCCUGUGCUUAGUUAUAGUGAUGAUGAGUUUGCCAUAGCGAUUGCUGAAAGCAUGCCGAAACUACGCAAUCUCCAACUUUCUGGGAACCCAUAUAUGAGCAACACGGGCUUGCAAGCUAUUCUCGACGGCUGUCUUCACCUGGAACAUCUCGAUUUACGCGAGUGUUGGAGACUUGACCUUGUUGGGGACCUAGAGAAGCUUUGCGCGGAGAGAAUCAGAGUUUUGAGACGCCCAGGUGACCCAACCUCUGGUCCUCAUGAUAUGUUUUGGUUAUAGAUGUGAUAUUAGUACUUUUCAAUGUUCUUAAGAUCUUGAACAACCAGAUAGAUACUUGCAAAAUUUCGUUUCUGGAAAGUUAUGAUGAUUGUUGUUGUAUCAACUUACUGUUGAAAGUUGGCGACUUUGAACUAUUAUCACAUAUCUUAAAAACGUUUUCCAUUAUUUAUUUUUCUCAAACAAAAAACUUCCAUAUUUUUUUUGUGUGGGAAAACAUUAAAAGGAUAUUUCUUAUUGAGCAAAACUAAAAAGGAAGCGUUUGCUUUUAUUUAGAAGUGAAAGAUAAACCCGAACCUUAACAAAAAAAAAGAACUAUAAACCCUAAUCUUUCUUGACUAUUCUAUCUGCUCUAUAAAAGUGUAAAAGUAGAAGUCCCCGAUUCAAAAACAUAUCGCACUAUAUUGAAUUUGCUUCCGAUAGAAAAAAAACUAUUAUGGUGGAAAGUAUGAAAGAGAUUUUUGAAGUUCAAAGCUGCAUCAGAAGAUUUCCAUGGCUAAUUCAGAUGGUGAAGUCGAGACUAUUCCAUGAAUUAUGCGAUCAACACAUCAAAGAACAACGACGUUACUUCUGUUGCGAUUGUAUGAUUCCUCCUUUUUGCAAUGUCUGCUUUAAAAAGAACGAUCACAAAGACCAUCUUAUCAUCCAAGUAAACAAUAUUCCUCCUUAAUAUUUUUAUUUUAAAAACUUAUUUUUUUGUUAAGUAAAUCUGUUAACUGGUCUCUUUUGACACGAAAACA